AUAUCGUUUAUUGUCAGUGCGCGUAAUUUCGCUGUUCAAGAUUAUUGGGUCGAAAUAUAUUUCUUAAAUAAGUAUCUACCUAAUUAUAAGUGAAAGGUUAAACUAUACUUCACUUUAAAAUCAAAUUUAAGUCAACAUGCCGGCAGACCCUUCUGAUGAAAUACCUGGCCCACAGGUCCCGAAAACAGAACUGGAGGAGCUGCAGAUCAAGUCACAAGGCGUUGCUGAUGAGUCCUUGGAAAGCACCCGACGAAUGCUUGCUCUUUGUGAAGAGAGCGCGGAAGUUGGGAUGCGAAGCAUUGUUAUGUUGGACGAGCAAGGAGAGCAACUUGAUCGAAUUGAGGAAGGAAUGGAUCAAAUUAAUGCUGACAUGAGAGAGGCCGAAAAAAACCUAAGUGGAAUGGAAAAAUGUUGCGGCAUUUGCGUACUACCCUGCAAUAAAAGUCAAUCAUUUAAAGAGGACGACGGCACAUGGAAAGGAAAUGAUGAUGGGAAAGUUGUGAACAAUCAACCACAACGGGUAAUGGAUGAUAGAAGUGGAAUGAUGGCUCAAUCUGGGUAUAUUGGCAGAAUAACAAACGAUGCAAGAGAGGACGAAAUGGAAGAAAAUGUGGGACAGGUUAAUACAAUGAUAGGUAAUCUCCGAAACAUGGCAUUGGAUAUGGGCUCAGAGCUAGAAAAUCAAAACCGUCAAAUAGAUCGAGUUAACCGUAAGGGCGAAUCAAAUGAAGCAAGAAUAGAGGUUGCCAAUCAAAGAGCUCACCAGCUUUUAAAAUAAGGCGAUCUCAAGAAGACAUCUAGUACACCCAAUAAUUAUUGUGAUGGUAUUCAGUGCUUUAAGAAAUCUGUUCAUUUCUUGUAAUUGCUUUGUGCUCCAAUAGCUGUAAAUAUAAGCAAUUUAUGUUUGUUAUUAUAACACUAAGAACUAGCCUUUUCAAGCAAUUGAAAAACAAAAAUAUGUAUAAACACUGAAAUGCUCAAUACAUUAAAAAUUGACUCAUUUCAUGAAAAUAUAUAUCUAAAAUGUUUAAUACAUAUGUUUAUUGAUAGAUAGAUUCGAUCACUAAUGAGCUUGCUUUGAAUCUUACUAUUUUAUAUCCAUAACCCAUUGAAAACUGUUCAUAAGAAUGUGGAAAAAUAUGUAAAAGGCAGAAGGAAGCGUCUCCCAUUCCAUAAUAUCUGAACAUCGUGCUAAAUCGACCUAUCUAUUUUCGUCUUUGUGAAUGUGAAGAUCUAGAAACGACCGUUGUAAAAUUAAAAAUACAUACAUAAUAGCGCAUAUCAAAAAAAUGUAAUGCAGGUUGAAAUGCAGGUUUUUGUAUAGUAUACACACAUUCCAAAUAUUUAUCUCUUUGGGAUAGCUCCAUUAAGAAUACAUUUCCAUAGUGUGGAGCAAUGUGAACAAUAACAGCCGCAGAGUAGACUGCGCACCAAGGAGCGUGCUAUAUGUGCGUGUGUUUGUUUGUAUUAUGUAUUAGAGGUAUGUAAGAUAGCUGGCGUUGGAUUCAGGGAAUCUUUUAGUCGGCCAGUUCCGAGAGGAGUGUUACUGGCUAUUUUCAAAUUAAUUGUUUUUCCAAGUAAUAUAAAGUUAUAGAUUUUAUAGUAUCUUAGAGAGACAGAUGUUAAUAAAAAGGGAACAUGGCUAUGUAAGAAUGUGAACUUGUGGAGUCGGAGAAGCACCCAUCUGCCUAUUACUUAUAUUUAUGUAACUUCAUUUUAUUUUAUAUUUUUUCUAAUUAAAGUACAGUAUAUAAAAUUGAUUUUGUUGAUGUUAUAUCAUCAGACAAUACUGACUGCGGAUUCUUGAAAUAAUUAAUUAAUUAAUUAAUUACUUUUACAGUUUUUAAUGCACAUUAAUACACUGAAUUAUUUUGAAGCUCUUGCCAAUUUGUAAUUAAUUUUUUUUACUACUUAUAUAAGUAGAGGUUAUAAUGAAUUGUUUAUUGUAUACAAUUAAUUAAACAUAAUAGGCCUGUAGUGCUAUUUAUUGAAUAAUAUUGUGUAAGCCAAAUUUAAACGAAUGUAAAAAUGUAACACAAAUGGGUGUUCACUAAGCAUCCGUUGGACAUUUGGAGCGCCUGCAAUACCCCGCGACAGCAACUUUCACUGAAAAAUUUCUUGCACCUAGACUGUAAAAAUCAUUGCAAAGCUGCAACACUAUAUAUGCAAAAGCACGGAAAAAAUCAUAUUAUCUCAAUAGAGAUUUGAUAAAUUUAGGUAUGUUUUACUUCAUCUACAGAUGCCAAAAACAAGAAAAUAUGCAAGUAAAUAACAUGACGGGUCUUACCCCCCUUUAAAAAGUUUAAUUUGAAGAAUAGGUCUGAUUUCUUAUCUUCCAAAAGGGUUUCUUUAACGCCCGUAAAUUUCAUAUUCAAUUCUCAAAUCAGCAGUUUUAAACCGACAUUCAAAAUACAAUCUGAAUUUAACAAAAAAAUCAAUUGAUUUGCUGUUCACUUAGAAGGUAUUGCAGCCUUGAAAAGCUUUAACAUCAAGUGAUCACCCUUUGUAUAAACAUAUAAAUGAAUAUGUUUAGCUAAGAAUAUAGAAAAUUUAAGAGACGGUUUUUCAAUACUAAACGUAGGAUUUUAUUCUAUUUAAAAUGUAUGUAGAAAUGUCAUUUUGAAUUUACAGAUAUUUCCAUAUUUCCAGAUGAGGUUGUUAACAUUUUUUGCUCACUAUAAAAUGUUAUCGAAAUCAUCUAACUAUAUGACUAUCAGAAUAUGUUAAUAAUUUCGAAAUUAAAAUAAAUUAUCGUUCAAACAUAAUAUAUUGUUUAAUAAAGGUAUUAUAAGUAAUAAGUUUAGAAUAAGAGUCCAAAAUUAAUCGGUGGAUGCUGCAAUUCAAUUAAAAA